GAGUUCACACAGUACUAGACAGCAGGAAAAAACAAGGAAGAAAGAAAAAGUGGUCAGGUGCGUGUUUGUGUGAAUGUCGAGGCUAGAGUUACAGAAAGUGAGGGAUCUUAUCUACUGGACACACAAUAGGUUUGUUUGAGGAUAUGGAGCCACCAGAGUGUUCUGUGGGAAGUUUGGGGCUGCUGAAAACCUUUGGUUCCUCUGAGUUUGGCAACUGGGAAAAGAUUGGCUCUGGAGGAUUUGGACAAGUAUACAAAGUACGACAUGUACAGUGGAAAACCUAUCUGGCGAUCAAGUGCCCUCCAAGUCCUCAUAUGGAUGAAAAGGAGCAAGCUGAGCUGCUGGAAGAGGCCAAGAAGAUGGAGGCAGCAAAGUUCCGCUACAUCCUGCCCGUGUAUGGGAUCUGUAGUAACCCCCAGGGGCUGGUGAUGGAGUACAUGGAGACGGGGUCCCUGGAGAUGCUGCUAGCUACCGAGCCUCUGCCCUGGGAGCUCCGAUUCCGGAUCAUCCACGAGACGGCCGUCGGCAUGAACUUUCUCCAUUGCAUGAACCCUCCCUUGCUGCACCUGGACCUCAAGCCCGCCAACAUCCUGCUGGACGCCCACUAUCACGUCAAGAUAUCAGAUUUUGGCCUGGCGCGGUGGAACGGCUUCUCCGGGGCCGACGACAUCAGUCGUGAUGGAUUCUGUGGCACGAUUGCCUACCUGCCACCGGAGAGGAUCAUCGAGAAGGAGCGGGUCUCUGACACUAAACACGAUGUCUACAGCUUUUCUAUAGUGAUCUGGGGUAUUCUCACACAAAAGAAGCCAUAUCAAGGGGAGAACAACAUCCUACACAUUAUGGUGAAGGUGGUGAAGGGGAUACGGCCAGAUUUGGGGGUUCUGCCACGCAACCGGCCCCAGGCCUGUAAUGGCUUCAUAGCGCUGAUGCAGAGGUGCUGGCACGAGUUCCCGCAGGCCCGGCCCAGCUUCCAGGAGAUUACAUCAGAGGCCGAGGAGCUCUGCGCCAAACCCGGUGAGGAGGCCCGGGUUCUAACUACUGAGCCGGAGGCCAGCCCAUGUCCCGUGCAGGGAUGCCUUGACCAGCAGGAGAGAGAGUCCAGGCCAGUCCGGCCCAAGUCGGCCAUGUUGCCGGAGAAGGAUUACAGCCUGACUGAGCUAUUGAGCCAGGUGGAUUCUGGGAUUUCCAGAAGCUUCGACCGCAUGAAAGAAGACUGCACCCAGUGCAAGGACAACACCAGCAAGAGGCUCUCUGGUAUCUCCUCUGUGGACUCUGCGUUCUCUUCCCAAGGCUCCAUCACCCUGUCCUUCGAGCGAGAGAACAUGGCCAAUGAUUCAGGGACACUGGAUGUGCAGAGAAAGAAGCUCUGUGAGGCGAUCAGGAUGGAGGACAUCGGCAAGCUGAUGAAGAUCCUGCAGCCUCAGGAUGUGGAUCUGUUGCUCGAGGGGGGAUUCAGCCUGCUGCACUAUGCCGUCCAGCUGGCCAAUGAGGAGGCCGUCAAAUUCCUGCUCCUCAACAACGCCAACCCCAACCUGCCCAAUGGCAAGGGCUCCACUGCACUACACCUGGCUGCCGAGAAGCGACUCAGGAACAUGGCGGAGCUUCUGCUGCUGGGCCGCAAGACCAACGUCAAUGCCAAGGAUGAGGACCAGUACACACCGCUGCACUUCGCUGCCCAGAACGGUGACGAGGCCAUCACCCGCCUGCUGCUGGACAAGAACGCCUCCAUAAAUGAGGUGGAUUUCGAGGGCCGCACCCCCUCGCAUAUCGCCUGUCAGCACGGCCAGGAGAACGUGGUCCGUGUGCUGUUGAGUCGUGGCGCAGACGUACACCUGCCUGGGAAGGACAACUGGACACCCCUGCACUUUGCAGCCUGGCAAGGCCACCUGCCCAUCGUCAAGCUACUGGUCAAGCAGGCCGGGGCCAACAUCAACAGCCAGACGUCCGAUGGCCGGACGGCACUGCACUUGGCCUCCCAGCGGGGGCAGUACCGGGUGGCACGCAUCCUCAUUGAGUUAGGGGCCGAUGUGCACCUGCUGGCCGCCGGCUUGCGUACCGCACUGCAUGUGGCCGCUGAGACAGGCCACACCAGCACCUCCCGCCUGCUAAUAAAGCACCAGGCUGACAUCCAGGCCCGGACUGCUCAGGGCUGCACUGCACUGCACCUGGCUGCCCAGCAUGGCCACCUGCCCACUGUCAAGAUGUUGGUGGAAGAGGGUGCCGAUGUGGCCAGCGUGAAGCACGCUCAGCGCACCGCAUGCCACCUGGCUGUGGAGGAAGGGCAUGUUGAUGUAGUCCGGGAGCUUCUGAAGAGCUGUUCGAAGAGCGCCAGCCUUGCUGACGAGCGGGGGCUUACCCCCAUGCAGCUGGCCCUCCGUGGAGGGUACACAGACAUUGUCCACAUGCUCCUCUCAUAUGGGGCUGAGAUGCCCCCACCUUCCCCGAGCACACUUUCCCAAGCUACCCCUCAAUUCCCAGGUCAAGAGCCUGGCAACUGCGGCACGCUGCGGCAGAGGAAGAUCGUGAUCCUAAAACUCACCAAGCACGAGAUGCCCGACCAUGUGGAGCCGAGCUCCCUGCCCUGUGCCUCUACUUCCUGUUGAGAUGCAAGAGAUGAUACUUAAGGAUCUAUAGACUGGGACACAAAGCUCUCCUUCCUGUGCCUGUUUGGCCGUUCAGGGAAGGUUCCGUAGAGACUUUCAAGACCUACAACCAUUGUAUAUUUUGUAAUUAUUCAGUAAAGGAAGUUACUGUUUCUCAGGCAGGACACCAGAAUUUCCUUUGGCUUUCUUCUCUCAUAGGCAUGUUUUCUCCAUUCAAUAUUAUUUGUAUGUUGAAAAAGAACAUUAAACAUAUUUAUACUGUGUAUAUAAUAUGGGACCAAGUAAUGGUUCUCACUUUAUUAUCCUUUAUAAUAUAGCUUAUUGUGAAGUACGUUUUUAUACUCUGCAAAGAAAUGUAGUUGUGCUACAAUUGCGUUGCCCCCAUGCUUUUUUUUAAUGUGCUUUAAGCAUGUAGGUUGUUUCUUUUCCCACAGAUAAUCCCACACAUGUGCCACUGUCUUUCUGUGCACCCGCUGUCGAAUCUUAACAUUUCAUUGUCAGAAAAGUAUGUUUAGUUAGCUGAUCAACAAAUCUGUGCCAAGACAAUGGGUGGUUCUCCCGACAGGACCUAGACAGUCACUGCGUCCAUAGGUUUUUGGCCAAGUUUUAUUUCUUCGAAAUGAGAAGGGGAUCAGUGUAUCGUAUUCUCAUCAUUAUUUUCUGAAGUAGUCACCUAUUCUUUGCCCUGGGAGUGCAUUGGUACAGCUCUUGGCCCAAGAAAACCUGUAUAAUCUUGUGUUUUCUGGAGCUGCUGAUGUCUCUUGUCAAAGUGGACGUGCUGAGCCUUGCAAGCCCCCCUCUGCUCGACCAUGGGAACUGCCCCCGGGGGGGAUCUCAGGAUGGCAAUGCUAUGCCUCCCCCCAUAUAAUUCUCCCCGACGCUCCGCCUUUCCAUCCCUCUGAUAACCACUGUGCUGUUCCCAUUGCCUGCAGGGGAGAGACCUGAGAAAUGCUGCGGUGUGUGUGGAGCGCCCUGUAAUUGCCUGUGUUUUUUUUUUUAUGGUCUUAUGCAUGGGCGGCCAGCUAAUUGCCUGGUAAGGUCGGCGCCCUCGGGAGCCCUGGUUACAGCCCAAGGCAGACACUCACCACCUGUCACCAAGCGACCAACUGUCAAAGGGUCACAUGAUCUCAUUCCAGAAUCCUGAUAAAACUGUAAUAAGAAACCCUCAUUCAAUGGCUAGUCGACUAUUUGUUUGUGUAUUUGCCUGCAUUGCGCAGCUGCUUUGUAUAUAUAACGAAAGAGUAAAGUUUCUGCAUUAA